AUGUGGCUCCUCGAUACAGCACGCGCAGAGCUCCAUUUCUUCUCCGAACCAGGCGCCGUCUAUGGAGGAUACGGGGCCCUCUCCCACACCUGGAGCCAAGAUCCUGCCUAUCCCGAGCAGUCGUUCCAGGACCUCCAGACCAUCAUCGCGCGAUGCAAGGAGACCGGCGCGAACCCUCGCGACGUCGUCUGCGACAAGAUCCGGAUGUGCUGCAUCACCGCGGAGCACGACGGCUACGAGUGGGUCUGGAUCGACACGUGUUGCAUCGACAAGACGAGCAGCACGGAGCUCUCGGAGGCGAUCAACUCGAUGUUCAACUGGUACGUCCUCUGCGAGGUCUGCUACGCCUUCCUCGACGAUGUCAGCUCCGACGACGACCCUGAGGCCACAAACUCUCAAUUCCGGCGCUCGCGAUGGCACACGCGGGGAUGGACACUGCAAGAGCUCCUUGCGCCCGCGUUCGUCUUGUUCAUGUCCAAGGAUUGGAAGACGAUCGGAAACAAACACCAGUUUGCGCAGACCCUCGAGGACAUCACGCGCAUCGGCGUGUACUAUCUCACUCGCGAUGUACCGUUCUUCGAUGCAUCCAUCGCGGUGAAGAUGUCCUGGGCGGCGAAGCGGGAGACGACGCGGGUCGAAGACGAAGCGUAUUCCCUUUUUGGCCUCUUCAACGUCACCUUACCGACGUUGUACGGCGAGGGCCGUCAAGCGUUUUUCCGCCUCCAGGUCGAGCUCAGUCGGGUCUCGUUAGACACGACACUCUUCGUAUGGGGAGGCGUGCAUACAUCAAAAGACGAUACGCUCCCGCCAGAUACGCUGAAGAUGGUGUCCCGCUUCGGGACUGUACCCCGCGCAUAUCUCUUUGCGCCCUCUCCUGAACAGUUCACGGUGUCGGACUGCCAUUACACCCCGAAGCUCCAGGCAACAACUGUCCUUCAGCCGUAUAACUCGUGGCAAUGGACGGAAGAGCACGAGAAGAAUAUGGACGUGUCAAAAAGGCUAACCGGGCCCUUCGGAAGCGUCAGAAUGCCCUCGUUCCAGCUAACGAGUCGAGGCAUGAAAUGUCACUUUCCCAUCGCCGAUGUAGGUGGGAUAACCAUCAUGGUGCUUCUUGUCGAGACCUUGGAUCAACACCUCGGCAUGAUUCUUCAUCCGGCAAAAGAAGACAGCAGGGAUUCGGGAACACCGGUGUUCUACGUAUCCUGGGCGUUCAACUCCGCGGCAACACGUAGGCCUAAGCUAACACGCCUUGCUCAACUCGGUGGAGACUUGUACAACCUCAAAUUCCGUGGCUCGAUCAUCAUGCCCGUCUGGCGCGACGUCUACAUCCGGGCCUGGCCUGAGUGGGAGGACCUCAUGGACGCCCCGCACAAUAUCCUCCGUCUGGUUCGCGACAAUCCCUCGGCGCCGUUCCGGGUCCCGCGCUGGAUCGUGGUCGCGUUUACCUCGCUUGGGCUGGGCCGCGUCAGAAGCGACAUAUUGACAUCCGACGAGGAUGCGUCGUUCGCACAGACAUUCAGCUUUUCGAACCCGAGGCUCCCCUACGGAAUUAAUGUGAAGGUGGGCCUCUGUAAGCGGGCCACGGACGAGCAGCCGAUGCACUGGGCGUUGGCGGCGGGGACCGAGGCCGGGACGUGGGGCCGCCGCAACCGCAACCGGCCCCACGACUGCGCGACAGAACACGUCGACGACUGGCAGGAAGGGCGGCGCUCGUUUGGGGACGCGGAGCGGACGGUCUUGCUUUCGUUCAAGCGCGACGCCUACAACGCGCACACCCGCGUCCUCCACAUCGAACUCCACGGGACGGUGUACGACGAUCUGCAACGUCUGGCCAACGUCUGGGUCGGCCGGAAGGCACCCUCGCCCUCGCAAUCGCUCGCCGCCGCCUCUGCGGCCGAGGCCGUCGGUCCCCCGCGUGCAGGGGCAGGUGGUGUCAUCGACGAGCAGACGAGCAGACGACAGCCCACCGUCCCCCAUGCCACCGACGCUACGCUCGCCGCAAUUGCUUCUCGCGUUACCGGAGCGGAGGUGGGCCUGGGAUCUCCCGCAGACCAGUCGUUCGACGUCAUUGGGAGCCUCAGGAUCGACCCUCGUAGGCUUGAGCGUGGGGGCCUCAGCCAAAGCGACAUCGAUGCGCUCAAACUCCAAAUGAGCAAAAUGUCUGCCUUGCUCGAAUCACUUCGACCUUCGACGGACGACACUCCGCUUCCUUCGAAAUCUCCCUCUCCGCUAUCCACCGGGAAGCCAUGGUGGAGGGAGACGGCACACUGGAUCAUGCAGUUUGUCACCGCUGGUUAG